AUGAGCACUCUCAAUCCUACCCCCCCCCCAAAUUCCGGCGGACGGUCAUGUAGAGGACAUAACGGACCUCAACCUCAACCACCCCUACCCUCCGCCAAUGACCCUAUCAUCCUCACCCUGACACCCGGAACAGUUGCCAGCACUACCGCGACCCCUAAUCCGGUGAGCGCUGCAAGAAUGGCGAACAUGGCCAAAGACCUAGCCAAGUGCCAGCAGCACGAAGCACUUGAACGUGAGAAGGCCGCGGCUUUGCAAGUCGAGCUUGACAGGAUGCGAGCGCAGCUUGAACGGGUCGAACGCAGUUAUCAACACGGCGAAUCGCAGCGUGAAGGCAGCGCGCAAACGAAAGGGCGAGAACAAGUUAACCUGAGCAUCAGCUUGACCCCCUCCGAACUCGCCAAGAAGUGGCCACCAUCACCAUGGCGUAUCCGCAACCGUGAAGAAUGGAGCACGAGCUUAACCUCAAACUCAAGACCCCACACAACUAGCCACAGCACGGAUCCCACACUGGCUCUGAUAUUACAGUGGUUAACGCAAUAG